GACAUUUAAAUCCAAUAAUAUCAGAGAAUGUCUGAAAGAGCCGUAUAAUAAGAAAAAAUGAAAUAAAAUUCGAUCGUUCAGAUAACAUAAACAAAAUGAGCCUGAAAAGCGCUUUGUUGCUCGCUAAAAGAAUCCAAAUCAAAAGCGUAAUUGCAUCGACCUACCAACUAAGCCGGACUUCGGUCAGAUAUGACAAUUUCACAAGAUCAAAUUUUCUUUCACAGUGCCGUCUGUGUUCGACGGGAAAAGAUAAACCGGCUCAUCAGUCAGUUGUAGGGCAGGCCCCACAAAUCUUAUCGAAAUUGUUCCCACAAACGGCUGACAUUGAGAAAAGCGCUGAAGAAAUCCAAAAAGAACAACAGAAGAAAGAGGAGGAAGAGAAGAAAGAGCAAGAAAGUUCAUGGAAACGCAUGAAAUUGGGAUUCGUCGUAUUUGGUGUGUCGGCAACAUCGUUAUGCGGUUGGAUCAUUUAUGACCUUGGCUCUCCCGAAAAGGAUGAAAACGGUGUGGACAUCGAAGAUGAGUUCAGUAAAAUGUCCGUCGUACCGCAAUACUUUAAGCGAAUGUGGCGAUCGAUGACGUACUACCAAAAGAUGAUUCAGGAACCGUCACGUGACAAACUUCUACCAGAUCCACUCAAAUAUCCGUACGUUCAACCGCCAUACACAUUGGUCUUGGAAAUGAAAGAUGUGCUGGUGCAUCCGGAUUGGACCUACCAAACUGGUUGGCGUUUCAAGAAACGUCCGGGUGUUGAUCACUUCUUGGAGCAAUUGGCACGGAAUUUCGAAAUUGUCGUCUACACAGCUGAUCAGGGCAUGACCGUUUUUCCCAUAUUGGACGCUUUGGAUCCGAAUGGUUUCAUUAUGUACAGACUGGUCAGGGAUGCUACACAUUUCGUUGAUGGCCAUCAUGUGAAAAAUUUGGAUAAUUUAAACAGAGACUUGAACAAGGUUAUCGUCAUCGACUGGGAUCCGAAUUCAACAAAAUUGCAUCCAGAAAAUACAUUCAACAUUGCUCGGUGGACUGGCAACGACGAUGAUGCAACUUUGUUCGAUUUAGUCGCAUUUCUGAAAACCAUUGCCACCGCUGAAGUACAAGAUGUCCGAGAAGUGAUCACAUAUUACAGGCAAUUCGAGAAUCCUCUGGCUACAUUCAGAGAAAAUCAACAGAAAGCAAUUCAAAUGGAGGAAGAAAGAGCACGCGAAGAGAAAAAUAAUAAAUCGCCGGCAGUCAAGCGAUGGACGCCCAAUUUUCUCGGGAAAUAGUUUCUUAUUUUGUUUUGUCGUUGUUCGAAUUGAUGCUUUCGGAAGUCUGAGAUAAAUUUUGUUUUUUCUAAUU